AUGGAACAGUUAAGCCAUCUUCCUAACACAAGAAGGCUCGUCACGGGCCAUGAUCGCGAAGGAAAGGCGAUUUUUGAGUUUGAUGAGUUACUCACGCCCGUCAAUCCAACUGCCAAAGGCAGCAGGCUGGGGACGUCGACAGACAAGCCGGUUGGCGUGACACUGAUUCAUCGCACUCGAAACUACCCGGUGAAGAUACAAGGUGGCAAGGAAGAACUCGCAGUGGAAAACGUACGUCGGGGUCAAGGGGAGAAAGGAAUUGUUUGUCAGAUCGUGGAUAUUCCUCCAACCCCAAGAGGCGCAACACCAUAUUUACACCGUAACGAGAGCCUUGAUUACGGUGUGGUGAUAAAGGGAUCCCUGCAGCUACUCUUGGACGAUGGACUUAUCGAGACUUUGAGAGAGGGAGACGUGUACAUUCAAAAGGGAACAUAUCACGCAUGGCUAAAUAACUCCACCGAGUACUGUCGCUUUAUGACAGUCGUUAUUCCAUCCGAGAAGGUGAAAGUGGAAGCAACGGGAGACUUUCUGGAAGGGACCAAGAUACCAGGACUGAGUGAUUGA